AUGAUUGAUGUCAUUAACAUAUUUAAUAAAGGAGGUCUGUUAUUGUGGUCAUAUAAUUUUUAUGAGAUUGAUGAUACUACAAUAAGAACUAUAGUGAAACAUGUAUUAAUAGAAGAAAAAUAUGAAGAGUUUUCUAAGAAACAUAAUAAUUAUCAUGCUAAGUGGAAAUUAAUAAAUGACUUAGAACUUGUCAUACUUAUAGUGUAUCAGGGUAUUCAAAAUUCAACUUAUUUAGAAAAUUUAUUUUUACAAGUAAAAAAAAACUUUAUUAAAAUAUUACCAAAAAAUAAAGAUGUAUUUGAUUAUGAUUUUCCUAUAGAUUUUGAUGACAAUUUUUUAGAAAUUGUUGAAAAUCUCGAUGAACAUAAAAACUUAAAUAAUAAUACACAUAAAAGUGAUAACAAAAAAAAUAAUAAACAUAACACUAAUAACAAAAGUGAUGAAGAAACAUCAAGCGAUAAUCAAAAUAAUAGUAAUAGCACUCUAGAAGAUGAUGAUGAUGAUAAUAAUAAUAAUAUAAAAAAUAAAAAAAAUGCUAAAGUUAAAAAAACUGCAAGAGAAUGGGAAUUAAGUCAAAAAGUAACAAAAAGGGAUAUAAGAAAAUUAGAUUAUUCUAAAAAUGACGAUAAUGAUAUUAAUAAUAAAAAUAAAAAUAACGAAAUGGAUAAUGAUAAUAAUAAUAAUAAUAGCAAUAUUUAUAAUAAUAGUAAAUAUGAAGGAGAUGAUGAUGAUGAUGAUUCUAGUGAUGGUGCUACUGAAAAUAAAAAUAAUAUAUUAAAUAAAUUAAACGAUUCUCUAUUUAAAAUGUUUUCUUAUAAUAGCAAAAUUGAAGAAGAAGAUAUUGAAAAAAUUUUACAUGAAAUUAAAAAUAAAUUACUUUCAAAGAAUGUUGCUAUAGGUAUUUGUGAUACUCUAAUUGAUAGAAUGAAAGAAAAUCUUAUAGGAAAGAAAAAAACACUCUUCGCUUUAAAUGUUAAAAAAACUGUUUCUAAUGUAUUAUCAGAAACCAUACAAUCUAUUUUAAUACCAAAAGAUUCUGUAGAUGUUUUAAGAUCUGCUAUUGAAUCCAAAUCUAUGGGGAAAUUAUAUUCUAUUGUAUUCUUAGGUGUUAAUGGUGUAGGGAAAUCAACCAACUUAGCUAAGGUAUGUUAUUAUUUAAAAAAUAAAGGUAAUCUUAAAAUUAUGAUAGCAGCAUGUGAUACAUUUAGAGCUGGAGCGGUUGAACAAUUAAGAAUACAUGCCAAUUGUCUCAACGUAUUUUUAUAUGAAAAAGGAUAUGGAAAAGAUGCAUCAGCUAUUGCUAAAGAAGCUAUCUUAUAUGCAAAAAAAGAAAAUUAUGAUGUGAUAUUAAUCGAUACAGCAGGAAGAAUGCAAGAUAAUGAACCUUUAAUGAGAUCUCUUGGAAAAUUAAUUCUUUAUAAUAAUCCAGAUCUAAUCUUAUUCGUUGGAGAAGCCUUAGUUGGAAAUGAUGCAAUUGAUCAAUUAAAAAAAUUCAAUCAAGCAUUAACUGAUGCAACAUGUAAUUCGACCAAUAAACGUACAAUCGAUGGAAUUAUUUUAACCAAGUUUGAUACAGUGGAUGAUAAAGUUGGAACUGCAUUAUCUAUGGUGUAUUUGACUGGAAAGCCAAUCGUUUUUGUUGGAGUAGGACAAAAAUAUACACACCUUAAAAAGUUUAACGUAAAUAUGGUUGUUAAGGCAUUAAGUUGA